AUGGUACCCGUGUCUCUUGCAGUAAUGAAGAGCAAUGGGAUACACUGUUGUGUUUUGAUUUCAACCGGCUCUUUCAAUCCCGUGCAUCAUUCACAUUUCUCAAACCUUCUGAAUGUUCAACAGCAUUUGGAGAACGUGCAAGAUCCACCAUGGAAUGUUCUUGCUGGCUAUAUCUCUCCAACACAUGACUUAUAUGUCCACUCCAAAUUGGGAGAUUCGGCAUGGAUUCCAGCUGACGAUCAUUGUCGACUCUGUGAUCAAGUUAUCCAAAACUAUGAAGGAGCAGAAGUAUCAUCUUGGAUAACUGUAGCCCGAGGUGAAAGCGAAUGGUCAGCUGGAUUUGUCGAUUUCCCUCCUGUGCGCGAAAAUCUUCGUGAUUUUCUAAAUAACACUUUAGUUACACAGGAGAAGCUGCUAAAAUAUCCAUUGCGUGUAGUCUAUGCCUGCAGCUUAGAUCAUUUCAACAGAUGCCCUGAAAUUAAAAGACUCACUGAAAGCACCAAUAUGGCCUGUGCAGUUGUCUAUCGGGUUGGUGAAGAUGAAGAGCAAAUCUUCGAAGCAACCAGGUCGCCCAAUAUAAUUUACGUGCCAUUAUUAGAUCAGCGCCAUACACUUUCCAAUUUAAGCUCGACCCAAAUCCGAAAGUAUUUUCAAAAUCCGAAUUCUGCUACAGAACCGUUCAUUUAUCCAAAUGUUUACGAAUACAUGUCAAGACGAUUUCAAACAUAA